GCCUUUUUUCCGACCGCCAUUCAUGCCCCGUAUCUUGUUUGUAAGCGGUUUCAACCCCUCCACGCGUGCUCGUGAGCUCGCAUACGAGUUCGAACGGUACGGUCAACUCAUCCGCUGCGACGUUCCUGCCCCACGCAACCCAAAUGCUCAGACAAACCCUUAUGCAUUUGUGGAGUUCCGUAGCACGCGCGAUGCCGAGGAUGCGUACUAUGAGAUGCACGGUAAAAUCUUUGACGGAGCGCGUCUGAGUAUCCAGUGGGCCAAAAGUCCUCCCUCCUCAGUUUGGCGCUAUGACCGUCCCCCACGCUCUUCUCGUGACCGUCCCCGUUCUCGCAGCCCUCGGCGCCGGGACGACCGCGACAGAGACCGAAUGGACGACCGCGACCGCGACCGUGACCGGGAUCGGGAUCGGGACAGAGACAGGAUGGACGACCGUGACAGGGACCGCGACCGUGACCGGGACCGACGCCGACGCAGCCGUUCGCCAGACCGCGACCGUGAUCGUCGUCGCAGCCGGUCGCCUGAACGCCGUCGCAGCCGGUCGCCCGAGCGGCGGCGGAGUGCCUCGCCGGAGCGCAAACGCGACGACCGGCGGGAUGACCGACGGGACGAGAGGGAUGAUCGUGUCCGGUCUCCGCUUCCUCCUCGGGACGAAGAACGCAAGAAAGAAGAGCCUGCGGCCGCCUACGAUCAUGAUAACUGAGUAUGAGCCAACACGUGGUAGAGCGUUUGUCACACAGAUCACGGAUGUUCCUUGCUAGUGGCUCGUUUUGUAACUAAAAUGCAGAAUUGAAUCUUGAUCUUUCCAAUGCCUUUCGC